AUGAAAUCUUCCAUCAUUCAGACCGUCGUGGCCGCCGCCUCCGUGGCCUCGGCUCACACUAUUAUGCAAGCUGUGAACGGCUUGGAGACGGGCAAGGGAAUCUAUAUGCCGGACAACGACAACACGCCCAUUCAAGACGUGUCGACCGACUCAAUUGCCUGCAGUGGUGCUCCAGUGAAGAAGUGGAGGAGCUCCUCGGAUGUUAUUGAGGUCAAGGCUGGAUCGCAGGUGACGGGACUGUGGCUCCACGAACUGGGCAGCACCGGGCCGGAUGAGUACUCGGACAACAAGGUUAUCGCCUCGAGUCACCAUGGACCCGUAAUGGCCUACCUCAAGAAAGUCGACGAUGCCACCAACAACCCCGGAGCUGGCCCUGGUGACGGCUGGUUCAAGAUCAGCGAAGUGGGCUACGAAAACCAGGUGUGGGGUGUCGACAAGUUGAUCGCCGACGAGGGCAUCCAGACGAUUACCAUUCCCGAGUGCAUUGAAGACGGCGACUACCUCUUGCGCUUUGAGCUCAUCGCCCUCCACUCCGCCUCUGCUCCCAUGGGUGCCCAGUUCUACCUCUCAUGCGCCCAAAUCCGGGUCUCUGGCGGGACUGCAACCAAGAAGCCCGAGACUGUCUCCUUCCCCGGAGCCUACUCCCUACACUGUCCCCGGUCCCGCGGUGUUCACGUGCUAGAGCUUGAGAAUGGCUUGCUGUCUGGUAACCCAGGCAAGCAUGCGGUGAAGAUCGAAAUCACUUGGUGCUUCGAACUAGCUGGUCCACGUUGUAUUGGUAUUGUGGCUGUGGCGGUGAUAUUGGCUUGCAGCGAAUAA